UUACAAAAUGGAAGGUGAGUGUGGAAUACUGAUUUUGACUUUAUUACUUUUAUCAAUAAAUGGACAGGCGCUGAGCAAGGUUUUAGGAAAUAUGAAUAUAGAUUCAGCGUUAGACCUGAUGACUACAGGACUUGGACAAUUUAGUCAGGGUAUUGAAACUAUAAUUGUAAAAAGACUUGAAGAAGACAAAGUUAUUAUAGAAAAAAAUAUGCGAGAUAUGUUUGAAUCAUUUAAAAAGGAUAUUGUGGAUGAGCAAAAGGAAUUUGUAAAAAAACUGAGCAGUCAAUCUACAGCCAAUGAUGAGAAAAUAAUUGAUUUACUGUCCACUAUUCGGACCGACCAACGAUUACAAAGACAUGACAUUAUGUCCUUACGCGAAGAAAUAAAUGAUUUUCAUGCAAUUUUCAACGAAAGUUUUUCUGCAGUCCAAACUGAGCAGCGACUCCUGAGAUGGGAAAUGGCGUCCAGUACAAAAGAAUUGUCUGAAAAGGUAAAUGAAAAGUUGAGUUAUCUUAAUUCAAGUUUUCAGACCGGACAGAAGCAAUUAAGCAAAGAAUUGUCGUCCCUGACAACAAAUUUAUCCACAGCAGUGGAUAUUCUAUUAAACCAAAAGAUUAACACUUUGAAAGAAGCAUUUGUUGGACUAUCUGAUCAGAUACAAAAUGAACAGGUUGUCAUGGUCAAUUUAAUUGACUCUAUUGUCCGUAAAGCCAACCAAACAGUGUCUGUAUGUACAGCAAAGAUAGGAGAGAGUUUAAACAAUAUAGAAACGAAUCUCUUAAAUGUGCUUCGUGAUGAAAUGGAAAAUGUUACACUCGUUUGUGAAAUGGAAAGUGCAAAAAGCAAAAACAUUCUUGAAAACAUAAGUAAUACGAGUUUACACAUGGUCGAGCAGUUUUCCUCAGGAGAAGCUUUAAGAAUACUUAGAAAUGUAGAUGUAAUAAACCAGUCUCUUCUAAAGUUGCACGGCUUUAGAAAAUAUGCAGGUUUUGAUUGUUUUGAUAUUUUGGAAAAAUAUUCAAACACUAGAGGAAGGAAUGGCGUGUACAAUAUUGCAGCUCCAUCAUCAAAACCAGAACCUGUGUACUGUGAUAUGACCACUGACGACGGAGGUUGGACAGUGAUUCAGCGGAGAGUGAAUGGAUCGGUGGACUUUUAUCGUAAUUGGACGGAAUACAAGAACGGGUUUGGAUUUGCUGAUCACGAGUAUUGGAUAGGAAAUGACAUGCUACAUAGAUUGACAUCACUGAAGCCCCAGGAACUGCGAGUUGAUAUGGAGAGAUUCAACGGAGAAAAGGCAUAUGCUGUCUACUCACGGUUUUCUGUCGGGGAUGAGGCCAGUAAAUAUAAACUGGAGGUACAGUGGGGGUACAGUGGGAAUGCAGGGAAUAGCCUGGAUUACCAUAAUAAUAUGAAAUUCUCUACACCGGACCAGGAUAACGACAGGAGGGGCGGUAAUUGUGCCAACUACUACAGAUCGGGAUGGUGGUUUGACAGCUGUUACUACGCCAACCCUAAUGGGCAGUACACCGACUCUGAGAAAAAUGGUACUAAAUACAUUGUAUGGCAUCACUGGGAAAACUCGUACAUGUCUCUAAAAAAGAUUCAGCUGAUGAUUCGUCCUCGAGCCUGAUAUCUUAGUUUCACUGUAACCUCAUUAUAAAGCCAAGUAGAACUCUCUCUGUGUUGAUACGAUCAUUGUGAUGCUCAUCUUAAGCAUCGAUUUUGUUUCAUCAUUAUGUAAACUCCCAAGCGUUCAUUAUAAAUGCAUUUAUUGAUUGCGAUGAGUUCAAAUAGAUUUAAUAAUGCGCUAUUAUAAUAAUGAUUGAUGAACAAUGCGUAAAUCUGGUAUUAAUAUCUAUAAAUAUAUAUUAAAUAUACCCAAGUAAUCAAAUUAUUCAUUAUGUUAUGUGGUGAUAACGAAUAUUAAAUCAUGUUUAUUGUUUUGUGGAAACCGCGGUGUAGCGCUCUUCUAUCUCAUUUAUAUUAUAGACAAGUUACUGCCCUUUAAAAAAGGACUACAAAACGUUGACCAUUUGUAUGUGUUUCCAACGAAAACGUGAAAGCCUUAAAAUUAUCAGAGAUUCCACAGAAUCUAGCCCUCUGCUUUUAACCACUUAAUUUGUACGUUGUAUUGUGAAUACAUGCAUGUAUAGCCCUGACUUUUUAUCUCAGAAUUUAAAGGAUUCAUACUUCUAAAAUAAUAAUGAUUUAUCUAUGAAUGAAGUUUGCAUGUAUGGUAUCAUGCAUUCGGUGAAUUCUGCUAUUUGUACACACAAUAAGGUUCCGCUUUACUUUAUUA